UUUGUUAGCAUGUAAGAUGAGAAAAAUAGUAGAAAAGCGUAUUAAUCCCCUCUAGUUGAAUUGUGUUCAAUCUCUCAACCUCAUCAACAAUAAAUACUAUAUGUGCAUCAUACAUACUUACCUACCCCCUUGAUUACUUAAUUAAGGAACAACCGAGAAAUUUCCAGCAAUUAUCACAAUCCCAAAUUGUUCAUUGUAAUUAAAAUCCCUAUCCCAAAUUGUUCAUUGUAAUUAAAAUCCCCAACGACAAGAGUUGCUAAAAAUGGCUAAAUUAGGUGAUAUGAAUUCACUUUGGGUGUUCCUUUUGAUGGCAGUGAGGGAGAUUGUUUUUCAGUUCCUACUAAACUUCAUCUCAAAAACCAAGAAACUCCAUACAAAAUUUAGGGCAUCAACUUUCCAUCUCCCUGAUUUCAAGUCAAUUGAUGGCUGCACCCUCUGAGGUUGUUCAUGUUCGUAAUGUUGGCCCUGAGAUAUCAGAGAACGAUUUGCGUGAAUUGGUCCAGCCAUUUGGUAAUGUCACUAAACUUGUCAUCUUACGGGCUACAAAUCAGGCACUUCUUCAGAUGGUAGAUGUUGCAGCUGCUGUCAACCUGAUCCAGCACUUCAUGGAUGUUCAGCCUAGUGUCAGGGGGAGGAACAUUUUCUUUCGAUUCGCUUCACUUCAAGAAAUGAGGACAAUGGAUCGGAAUGGUCAAGGACGCAAGGGUUGGAAACAGGCAUGUUUUUCGCUACUUCGCUGCGAUCCGGAGACAUACGUUCCUGAACUACCUCCAACCUCUCCUGAUCGAGAAGAUUCCGAUCAAUGUUCCAGGUUUCGAAAAGUCGUUAUAACAAUGGGGGCAAGUAUCCUGAUAGUGGCAGGGGUGAUUGUAUUAAUUUAUUGUAGCAACUACUUCUGAUGUUCCUGACCAAUAGACUUCCUAGCAAGACUAUUGAUUAUAAAUCUCCAAGUGAAGAAUUUUAUCACACUAAGCCAGAUUAUUUUAUACUGAAGGUUUUUGGUUGCUUGUGUCAUCCAAUUUUAGUUUCUUAUAGGAAAGAUAAGCUCAGUAUAAUAUCAACAGCUUGUGUAUUUCUUGGUGAAUAUUCACUAUAAAGGUUACAGACGCUUGGAUUUACACA